AUGUACGGCGACGACGACGACUCGGGAGCCGAGAACGACCGGCCACUAAGCUUCAUAGCAGCCAAGUACGGAGGCGAGCACUUGGAUAAGGCUGAGAACUUGGGCGAUCCCGUUGGCGACCGAUUGCGGCUGGUGCGCACCACAUCGGAUCAAACAAGCUCAGCGACUCAUCUGACCCCUGAACCUAACGGUGUCAACGGCGGCUCCAGCCUUCGGAAGACUCAAACAUUCCCCGCGAAGUCGACUAGCGAGGGAAACAGCUUCAACGAUCGUCCCAAGUCUCCUCUGCCGCCCAUGCCGCCAAAUCCCUCUCUAAAAGAUGUCCAGAAUGCGUCCGCGUCACAGUUUCCACUCACAAACAUCGACAAUCCGAACGACAUCGCACAAGAGCUUAGUAACCUGCAAGCGCUGCGACGCAUGUCGAUGGAUGUCGGAAACACAACACAGGACCCGGACCUCCUGCAGUUCUCUGGCGUAUCGUUGAUGGAAAUGCCCUCGAUAGCACCAACCGGCGACGACGACGAGGCGGAUCCGUCCCGCCUGCUUUGGGUUCCUGCCAGGGUACACCCGGAGCUUGAACCGACGGCAUUCAAGAACUUUCUCGAGAAACGGGUGCAGACGAUGAAGCGCAGGUCAGGGGACCCGCUUCUCUCCGUUGACGGAUUACAGCGGAAUAAUUCGGGCAGUUUGAGAAGGAAGAAGUCGAUGCUCUCUCGACAGGUCAAUUCCAGCACAGAGAGUGGAGAAGGAUAUGUUGACGGCGCAGAAAAGCUGGCACGGCAGCGGUCCCUCAAUGAGCCUGCUGAACUCAGCCUAUCUGAGCUGGUCAAUGACCCCACGAAAGUGGUGCAGAAGUUGGCGCAGGAGACGAGGCAGGAAGGUGGCGAGGGUGACAGCCCGAUUCUUCCCAUGGCCCCGGGUAUGGGUCUUCGGCGAUCAACAAAGACAACGUAUAGGAAGGGCGGUAGUCAACGCUUCGGGGAGCGCGCCACGUUUUCGAAGCGGCUCGCAGCGAAGCAAGCCGAGAAGGACACAACCGAAGAACCACCCCCGGUGCCAGCAGUACCGGUACUGGAUCCAUCCAUCGGAAUGCCCCUUACCCGAGUGCAGUCCGAGCCCAUCACCGAAAACUAUUCACGUCCAACGCGGACAGUGCGGAGGCAGCAGAACUUCUCGAGAGAGGCGCCUGGGGAAACUUUGCCGACGGCGGCGGAUGAACCGCCCAACGACGAAGGUGCAAGCCCAGCCGCAUCCUCCUCGCCACCAAAAAUCGAGGCGCUUCCCGUCCGGUCCUUCUCAACCUCGGCUGUGCGCUCACCAGCUCCCCCUGUGCCUCAGAUUGUGGAGACACCACCCGCAGAGGAAAGCCCACAGUUAGCUCAGCCUCAGGUAUCUUCUCAAAUACCACCGACAGAGAACUAUCCCGACCAACCUGCCGUGGAUGGUCCACCUGCGCGCUCGAGUAAACGCCCUGCUCCAGGCAAGCCUUCCAAGGUGCCCGUACCCGCUGCGAGAGCCAGCAGUGUCAAGGAGCAGGCCUCAAAGCAGAACCCUCUUGCCGAGAUCAAUCAACCACACGCUCUCCCUGGUAGCGGUGGCUCAACGACUAGCAGUCUGACGUUUAUUCCCACGUUCGACACCAUCGAAAAGAAGCACGACAAGAAAAGCAAGGAAAAGGAUGAUAGCGAGAGCAUAAUCUCCACCAAGUCGACUUCGAGCUGGAAAUGGUUCAAGAGCGACGAUAAGGAGAAGAAGAAGCGAGAGAAGGAGAAGGAGAGAGAAAGAGAGCGGGAGCGGGAGGAGCACGCUAAGAAGGCGAAGGGCAGGACAGGCGACAAGAGCCAUGACCACGCGCGGAUGGACGUCCUCCAGAGCUCCAUUGACAGCGUCCCCAAGGGUCGGGAGAGCCUGCGUUUGGACCGGGAUAGUAUCGAGGGACUGCCGCAUGAGGAGCGGAAGAAGGAGACCAACCGCAAGUCAAGCGAGGGCAAGAAGGAACGGGAGGGCUUCUUUGGCGGGCUGUUUGGGGGAUCAAAAAAGAAGGGUGACAAGGAAGGCGGCCACAAGAAGAAAGACCACCGGCCACUCACACCAGACCCGCCUCCGCGGCCGCUUCGCCCGGACAUCGACUACCCCUGGACGCGGUUCCCGAUCAUCGAGGAGAGAGCCAUUUACAGGAUGGCCCACAUCAAGCUCGCCAACCCCCGUCGCCCGCUGCACAGUCAGGUGCUGCUCAGCAACUUUAUGUACUCGUAUCUUGCCAAGGUUCAAGCAAUGCAUCCACAGCUCCAGAUCCCCAUCUCGCCGCAGCAGAAGAGGCUGGAAGAGGAGCGGAAGCGCCGCGAAGCCGAGGAGGCCCAGCUGCAGAUGGAGCAACAAAUGUUGGCCCAGCAGGCUGCUCAGGAUGGAAAUUUUGAUUUUGAAUACCAUCGGUCUAGCAACCAAUAUGGCGACGCUCCACCCCAGCAAAAUGGCACCGCCCAUUACGUCGACGACGCUCAGAUUUACGAGUACGAGCAUGGUGAUCCCCAGCUGGCGACCGGCGAGCACAGCUACUCCGAGGCACCGGUGCAGGGACACGGCGGCGGGCAGCAACAAAACAGCUACUACCAGGCGCAGGGCACCAGACGGUACGAUGACGACGACGAGAACAGCGAUAUGUGGUAG